CGAGAUUUGGGGAGUGCGCAGAGAGAGCGAGUGGCAGCAGCGGAGGAGCGUGGAAGAUAAAGCGGGGUCAUCUUCAUAAACUCAUUCGAACAUCAUGUCGGGACGGUCCGUCCGAGCCGAGACCCGGAGCCGCGCCAAGGAUGACAUCAAGAAAGUGAUGGCGGCGAUCGAGCGGGUCCGCAGAUGGGAGAAGAAGUGGGUCACUGUGGGGGACACGUCGUUAAGGAUCUUCAAGUGGGUUCCUGUAAGUGAGACCAAACAGAUAUUUAAAAUGAAAGGCUCAUCUGGGGCAGUGAGGGAACGGAAAGGCUUCCCGACAGACGUGGUUCUGGAGAAUGCUCGCUCAGUCUUACUGGAUUUUCAAGAUGACAACAGUAACCAGAGCUUUUUGUCAGAUGCCUAUCAGUCUAAUAAUAAAGUGGACAGCAGCACUAACUCUAGUCCGCAGCAUGUCAGCAGAGCUGUCAGCCCCACCCAGACCUACUUCCGCACAGAGGACUCCCAACCACCUACACUGGGCCAGGAGACCAUGGAGGAGCCUUCAAUGACCAGCAGUGAAGUCACAGAUGAACCCCCGACUCUGAUAAAAGAGGAUUUGCUGCCUCUUUCUGCCCAGGAGGAUGAGGAUGUUGCGGUUGCUCCACCCCUGAAGAGAGUUUGCACUGAGGAAAAGUCUGAGCUGGGCUGUUAACACCAUGACAAGUAUGGGUGACCUGGGCAUCCCUGGUGUCCACCUGACCUUAAUCAGAAAAGAACAUAUCAUCUCAUAAACAUGAUUCUGUGGGAUUAAUAAAACACCACAAGAAUUUAUGAAGUUUUUUUAAAGACUGCAAAUAGCAAAUCUUGAAGUCCUUGGAAUAUCAUUUUGAUAUUAUACUACAAGUUUCAUAUUACCGUCGCUAAACAUGUACUUGAAGAGGACGCCGUCAGUAUUAUUGUUGUUGUACAUAUACAGUGUAAAUGAAUCUGAGAGGGUGCAGCACUAAGUGCAGUAAAGAGAGUGGAAAAAACCCUCCAGCUUUUCUCUAAAACUGUAUACACUGAUAUGCUAAAAGUCAUGAGACAGGAACUCGUAUUGUGCCCCAUAAAUUGUGCUUUGUCCCGUGGAAGAUAAAGAACUCUGCACUGACCUGUGGGAUUUGUGGAUAUGGGUUCUGCCAGAGCCACUUCUGGUCAGGUCACCAUCAUUACCACCCACUGCACUGUCCACUGUGGGUGGUAAUAUUAGCUUUCUAUGACGUAUUCCCGAUAUCGAGGAAUGAUAAAACUUGCACUUCAGAAAUGAAUUGUCUUUUCAUCUGCACCCACUAUCAGACCUUUCUUUUACAAGACACAAAUUACAAGAUAACACUUCACAAAUUAUACAGGGUCAAUUUACAUACUGCUGUUUCAUGACUUUUGGCACUUCAGUGUGCUUUUUCACUGUUUUACUGGCUUUUAGACUUUUAAAUAUCUACCUAUUUAUGUGAAGUUUCUUUUAGCCUUCAUAAACAGAAUUUCUGCAGAUUUUUCUCUUAUAGUAAUGUUUUGCUUCUUGCUUUAGUACAUUGUUGUACAGCAUGCGAUCAGGGUCAGUUUAUUACUCUUCCCUGAGGAGAACUAGCUAAAAAAGCACAUUUAUUCUUAAUUCUUAAUUGUCCGUGAAUGAGGCCCAGAUGUGCAGGUGUUUACUGCCCUAGAUCAGCUUCACCUCUAUAUUCUGUUGUUCAGUAAAUACAUCAUCAAAUUCCAGUUCUGAAAUGCAGGCUAGACAUAAAUAUAUCUGCUAUCUAAACACUGUUGACUAAAUGCAGUUCAUUAUGAUUCAUAUCUCAUUGUGUAUCCAUACUUUGUGUUUUAUUUGUCCUUUUUUCGGUUUUUACUGUAAAUAUGAUAUUUCUAUUACUGUAAGAAUAUUUUUGCUACAGAAAAAUAAAUAAUGCAGAAAAUCCUGA